CAACGGAAAAAAAAAAAAAAAAAAAAUAGAAAGUAGAAUAAAAAUAAUGGUGAGGAAGCUCUGAACAGUGCUGUCUUGUCUCCUCAUCACCUGUCUCAGCUUCUCUAUCUCUCCUCCCCUUUUGUUGGCUGACAUCCAAAGGAGAGAGAAAGAAAGACAAGAGUGUGAUAUAGGUGGAAGGAGGUCUAAAACGACCAUGGAUCCGGCGACGUUGAUCAAGGACAAGAGCGUCGGAUCCGAGAACGGGUCGGAGCAAAGUUUCGGAAGUGGUGGUAGCGAAGAGAAUAGUUAUUUUGGGUGUGUUUUUCACCUGGGCGUGAAUUCGAUUGGACACGAGUAUUGCCAUGCCCGAUACUUGCUCGUCAGAGGCAAGUACGUUGAGAUGUACAAGCGGGACCCCCAUGAAAACCCCGGCAUUAAACCUAUCAGGAAGGGUGUUGUUGGUCCCACUCUUAUGGUGGAGGAGGUAGGGCGUCAAAAAGUCCGAGGGGAUAAGGAUGUAUAUGUCUUGCGUUUUUAUAAUCGCUUAGAUGAGGAGAAGAAAGGCGAGAUUGCAUGUUCUACGGCCGGAGACGCUCGAAAGUGGAUGGAAGCAUUUGAUCAGGCCAAGCAACAGGCUGAGUAUGAGCUAUCUGAAGGAGGCAGUUCCAGAAACAAACUGAACACCGAAAAUGAGAUCAAUCUGGAAGGACAUCGACCUAGAGUUAGGCGGUAUGCACAUGGAUUGAAAAAGCUGAUAAGAAUCGGGCAAGGUCCAGAGGCACUUUUGCGACAGUCCUCACGCUUGGCUGCUAGUGCUGGGCCAGAUGGGUACUUUGAGAGGGAUGUCAGUGAUGUGAUUGAGGUGCAUCAAUGGAAAUGUGUUCGAACAGUUAAUGGUGUUAGAAUAUUUGAAGAUGUUGCUGUCUCCCAGAAUGAGAAAAGUGUUCUUGUGAAGUCUGCUGCUGUUUUAGAUGCUAGUGCAGACACUGCUUUUGAAGUGAUUUUAAGCCUUGACCGACACCAGAGAUAUGAGUGGGAUAUGCUGACAGGUGAUUUGGAGUUGAUCGAUUCUUUUGAUGGACAUAUUGAUGUUGUGCAUGCAACAUAUGAUCCAAAAUAUCUGACUCGGUGGCAUUCCAAAAGAGAUUUUGUUUUCUCUAGGCAAUGGUUUCGUGGACAAGAUGGAACAUAUACAAUCUUACAAGUACCUGCUGUAAAUAAGAAGAAGCCUCCAAAAUCUGGAUAUCGUCGCACAAAAAUUAAUCCAUCAACUUGGGAGAUUAGAGACUUGAACACAUCAAUGGAUUCAAAUGUUCCUAAAUGUCUCGUGACUCAAAUGUUAGAGAUACCUUCAGCUGGCUGGUUUAAAUGGAAGAAAAGUCACUUCUCAAAGUUCGAAAAAAGUGUGCCUUAUGCAUUACUAGGCCAAUUGGCAGGUCUUAAGGAAUAUAUUAGUGCAAAUCCUGUUGUCAAAUAUGAAUCAACCACUACAGUUGUCAACUCAAAAUUUGCGCAUGUGUCCAUUUCACAUGGAGAAAACGGACAUGAAGAGGAGACACAAGCACAUGAAGAAUUCUAUGAUGCAAUUGCUGGAGACUCAUCAUCAUCGGAAGAAGAAGAAAGUGAUGAUGAUGAUGAAGAAGUUGACCACAAGGAUGGAACGGUGAAGCUGAGGAAUGUUUCAUGGGCCAUUACAAGCUUAACUAAAAAGCGAGCUCCAGCAACAAAUAAGGAAUUAGAUCCAAAUGCGACUUGUACUGUAAUUGAACCAAGCCAAUUUAAUGGCUCCUUGCAUGAGGAAAAGGACGAGAAAGACACAAAUUGUUGGACUUCACCGAGUGGGAUGGGAUUUAUGAUUAGAGGAAAGAGUUACCUAAAAGACAAUACCAAGAUAAUGGGAGGAGAACCCCUUCUUAAGCUCCUUGCAGUUGAUUGGUUCAAAGUUGACAAAAGUGUAGAUCGAAUUGCAUUGCAUCCCAAGUGUCUUGCUCAGUCAGAGGCUGGGAAGAAGCUUCCAUUUAUACUUGUCAUCAAUCUCCAGGAUAUGUCCUCGAGGAAGAUGAUUGGGAAUGCGAAGGCAUAUAGUGGGCUGUAUUACCUUGAUCCAUUUCCUCCUACUCAAGUCAAUAAAGCUCUUGUUUCUGGUUGUAUUUCUUCUAGUGACAAUGAUAUUAUGAGGUGGCAUUAUAGGUUCGGCCACCCUAGUUUUUCAUAUUUAAAGUACUUAUUUCCUAAGUUGUUUCGAAAUAAAAACUUGAGCUUAUUUCAAUGUGAAAUUUGUCAAUUGGCCAAACACACACGUGUUGUUUUUUAUUCUAUACCCUACAAAUCCACCCAACUAUAAACUCUUAUUCAUAGUGAUAUAUGGGGAUCAUCUCGAAUAACAAAUACUACAAAUACUAAAUGGUUUAUUACUUUCAUUGAUGAUCACAUACGUGUUAGUUGAGUGUUUCUCCUUAAAACUAAAUCUAAUGCUGGCAUGACAUUAAAAUUUUUUCACUCUAUGAUAAAAACUCAAUUCAAUGCAAUUCUACAAGUCUUACACACAGAUAAUGGAACUGAAUAUUUUAAUUCAAUCUUGGGUGAUUAUCUUUUAUCUCAUGGUAUUGUGCAUAAAAGCUCGUGUGCAGGCACACCUCAACAAAAUGGGGUUGCUGAAUGCAAAAAUAGGCAUCUUUUGGAAAUUGCUAGAGCCCUAAUGUUUACAAAUUCUGUCCCAAAACAUUUCUGGGGUGAGGCUAUUCUUACAGCCGUAUAUCUCAUCAAUAGAAUGCCCUCUCGAGUGUUAAAAUAUAACACUCCUCUCUCAGUGCUUCUUAAAAAAUGUCCAUUUAUACCACUUGUUUCCAAUCUUCCCUUAAAAACGUUUGGAUGCAUCUCUUAUGUUCAUGUUCUUGGUCCUAAUCAUUCUUAGUUUGAUCCCUGAGCUCUAAAAUGUGCUUUUUUUGGAUACUCUUCUACCAAAAAAGAGUACAAUUGCUACCACCCUUCUACUCGACGUAUGUACGUCUCCUUAAAUGUUACAUUCAAUGAAGAGCAACAUUUUUAUCCCAACUAUUCACUUCAGGGAGGGACUGUAAGUGAUGUUUCUAGUUGGGAUACUUGUCUUCCUAAGACUAUCGAAUUCUCUUCUAAGCAACAACCUCAGCCGUCACAACCUCAGUCGCCCAAAACUAAGGAACUCCAAGUUUACUCUCGACGACCAAGAAAUCAUCAAGUAAUAUAGUCAACUACUGCUCCAACAUCUCAUGACUCUGACUCACAGACCAAUCCUGAUGUAAGUAAUUCUUCUCUUAACCCUAUUGUACCUACUGAUAUUUCUAAUAUUGAGUCUUCCAGAAUGGUAGAACAUGAGUUUGAGUUACCAAUUGCCAAAAGGAAAGGAGUUAGAAGUUGUACUCAACAUCCAAUGUCAAGAUAUGUCUGCUAUAGUAGACUGAGUACUCACUAUAAAGUUUUUUUAGCAGAAGUCGAGCAAGUAGUGAUUCCCAAGACUAUUACUGAGGCUCUCACACAAGAAGCCUGGAAGAAAGCAGUGUAUGAGGAAAUUGGGGCACUAGAAGCCAACACCACAUGGAAAAUAAUCAAACGGCCUCGAGACAAACAUGUGGUGGGGUGUAAGUGGGUCUUUACAGUCAAAUACAAGGCAGAUGGAACUAUAGACCGAUACAAAGCAAGACUUGUUGCAAAAAGGUUCACUCAGACAUAUGGGGUGGACUAUAAUGAGACAUUUGCUCCGGUUGCCAAGUUAAAUACAGAAGGGGUUUUAUUAUCUAUUGUUGCCAAUCUUGAUUGGCCCUUACAACAACUUGACAUUAAAAACGCUUUUCUCAAUGGACAUUUGGAAGAAGAGGUUUUCAUGAAGAUUCCUCUAGGGUUCGAGGGAAGAUAUGGAACAGAGAAUGUCUGUCACCUGAAAAAGUCACUCUAUGGCCUAAAGCAUUCUCCAAAGGCGUGGUUUGAAAGAUUUAAUCAGGUGAUACCAAAACAUGAAUAUAAACAAGCUCUAUCAAAUCAUACCCUCUUUUUCAAACACACACAAGAGAGGAAGGUAACUAUCCUCAUUGGCUGCGUUGAUGACAUGAUAAUAACAGGUGAUGAUUAUGAAGAGCAAGGAAUUCUCAAGGGAGUGCUAGCCCAGGAAUUUGAAGUUAAAGAUCUUGGGCCAAUGAAGUACUUUCUCGGAAUGGAGGUUGCAAGAACAAAACAAGGUAUUUCGGUAUCUCAGAGAAAAUAUAUUCUGGAUCUUCUCAAAGAAACUAGAAUGAGUGGCUGUAAACCAGUUGCAACACCGAUUGAACCAAGAGGCAAGUACAAAAAGGAAAAAGGGAAGACAGUUGACAAAGGUAUGUAUCAGCAGCUAGUGGGCAAAUUGAUCUAUCUAUCUCACACAAAACCUGAUAUUGCAUUUGCUGUAAGCUUGGUUAGUCAAUACAUGCACAAUCCUUUAGAAGAACACUUGGAAGCUGUGUAUAGAGUCUUGCGCUAUCUAAAGAAAACACCAGGGAUUGGGUUAUUGUUUAAGAAAAAUGAAGAGCGAGGUGUUGAAGCCUUCACAGAUGCUGAUUGGGCAGGAUCAGUUGAGGAUAGAAGAUCAACAACUGGUUAUUGCACUAAAAUUUGGGGGAACUUGGUUACUUGGAGGAGUAAGAAGCAACCAGUGGUAGCUCGAAGUAGUGCUGAAGCAGAACUUAGAGCUCUUGCUCAAGGAGUAUGUGAAUUAAUCUGGAUUAAACGCAUACUCGAAGAACUAAAACUUCAAAGGACUGCUCCGUUGAAGUUGCAUAGUGACAGUAAAUCAGCCAUUAGCAUCGCACAUAAUCCAAUUCAUCACUACAGAACUAAACAUGUUGAAGUGGAUACACCUUAUCAAAGAAAAAAUUGAUGAAAAGGAAUUAUGUGUUGUCUACAUUCCCAGCAAGCACUAAUAGGCAGAUAUACUGACUAAGGGUUUGUCUAAAGAAAGUUUCAAUGAGUUAGUGUGCAAGCUAGGCAUGUGGAAUCUCUAUGCACCUGUUUGUUUGAGGGAGGGUGUAGGAAAUAUUAUUCGGUAUCCCUUUUAGAAUGGGAAACCUAGCUGUAUAUUUUGUAUAGUUUCCAUAUAUAGAUUAUUGUAGGCUUAUUUUGUUACCCUAUUUUUUGUUGUAAUUAUGCUAGGAUAUUUGGAAUUAACUACCAAAUAUCUUCUCAUUCUCUGUACAUUGCCUAUUUAAAGGCCUAACUCUAACUCAAUAAAAUAAAGAAGCAUUAUUUCCACAGUUA